AUGGAGCAGCAUUCGGCGGCGCUGGCGAACCAGGAGUGGCUGGACGGACGGCUGGCGCCGCUGCUUGUGGCCACCGUGAGCCGGCUGCGAGAUGAGGGCAAGGCUGAGGAGGCGGCGCAGCAGCAGCAGCAGCAGCAGCAGCAGCAGCCGCAGCAGCCGCAGCAGCCGCAGCAGCCGCAGCAGCGCCACAAGGAAGGCCCGCGACAGGCCGCAAGUGUGAUUGCGCAAAUGAUCGACCUGCACGCCGCCCCAGGUGGGCCGCUCGCGAAGAUGUGGGCGCAGCACAAGAAGGAGCUGUCCCAUAGGGCGCGGGCGCCGCCGCUGCAGCGGCUCGAGGAGCCGCAGCCGCAGCUGCAGCCACUGCAGCAGAGUGAGCAGGAGCAGCAACCGCGGACGAUGCAGCAGCGCGAGGAAAGGCAACAACCGCAGCCGCAGCCGCUGGAGCAGCGUGAGGAGGAGCAGCAACCGCAGCCGCCGCAGGAUGAAGACGAGUGGUGGUUCGAUUUGGCGGCGGCCGCCUGCAAGGACGCGGCGGCGCCGGCCUAUGAAGUCCCCGACAGCGCCGGCGACGGCGUCGAUCCGGCGGCGUCGGCCGGCCCCGGGGCCUCCGCACUGGAGGGCGGCGGCGGCGGCGGCGGCGGCGGCGGCGGCGGCGGCGAGGCGCUGGGGCGCAGGGGAAGCGACGGCGGCGCGGCGGCGCAGCCGUGGCAGGCGGCCGGCGGGGGCGGCGCUUUGGGCCCUCAGCCGUUUGGAAUGCACCCCAGCAGCCUGCCGUCAGGUGUGGCGCCCGCCGCGGCGGCGACCGAGUAUGUCGCCUGGGGCUAUGGCGGCGGCGACGCCGGCUGGUGCGGCUCUGGUGAAUGGUAUCACAGCAGCACUGGCGCGGGCGCCGGCCACCUUGCCCCGGCCGGCGCUGCGGCCGCCGGCGACGGCGGGCAGCGGCCAGCCCGGGGAGUGGUCGAGCGCGGCGGCGCCGGCGCGCCGGACAACGGGUGGCGCGCGGAGCGCGCCGACGGCUCGUUUGCGGCCGCGCCGCACCCCGCGCAACUCGGCGCGGAGCCGUUCAGCCGCUUCUUCUCGCCGCCUGCGCCGCACCCCUACGGCUCCACGCGGGGCCUAGGCGCCGGCGGCGCGCGCGAGGCAGCAGGAAAUGCCGAAGCGUCAGCCAGCAAGCGCGGCGCAGCAAGCAGAUGGACUUUCCAGGCCGACUUUGGCCUCAAUUCAGGCGGCGCUGGCAGCGGCGGAGGCGGCGGCGGCGGCCCAGACGCUCGCGGGCGCAUCAAGAGCCCCAGCCGCGCCAUGCGCCGCAGCGCAAGCAGGGACCGCGGCCGAAGCAGCCACGAGGCGCGGACGCGCGAGCGCGCCGACGGCGACAGCGAUGGCAACAUGGCGUAUGAGCAGGACAGGGGGUCCGGCCGCCGGCCGCUGGACGCGCGGCGGCCGCGUAGCGCGGGCGGCGGGGGUGGGGCUGGCCGGGGCGGCGGCGAUGAGUCGAGCGGGGGCGGUGAACGCGAGGGCAAGACGCGGGCUCACAAGCUGCCUCGCAGGGAGGACUCUGUGCCGCAGCAGCAGGAGGGGCACGAGCGGCACGAAGACGAGGGCCAUGCGCAUCCCCCGCAGCAGGAGCAGCAGCAGGAGCAGCAGCAGGAGCAGGAGCAGCAGCAGCAGCAGCAGCCCUCUUUCGAGGACCUCGCGUGGCUGACAGACCAAAACCCCACCUCAGGGGUGAAUCACCUGCUGGACAUCAGCGAGGCGUGGCGCGGGCCCCUGCCCCCGCCCCCCGGGCUGCUGGACGCCGUCACUGCCAGGCAGCUGCGCGGCCAGCUCCGGGCGAGAGCAGAGCGGGUCGAUCUGAAGAGCUUUGAUGAGGCCCGGCGGCGCUUUGCAAACAGCUCAGUCGAGGUUGUGCUCGAGGUCGAGGUGAAUCACAAAGAGCAGGGCCCCAGUGUGCAGGCUGAGCUUGUCAACGGCGGCCCCAACGUGCGGCUUAGGCUGGCUGGUCGGCUCAGCAUGUGGUCUCUGUACAAGUUCAAGCUCAACACCAUCCUGCAGCCGCCCGCCAUCCGCGGCGACAAGAUUGCCGGCUAA